AAAAUUGGAUAAUUUUUUAAUCAAAUUUAACAUUUUUUUUGAAUCUUCUAGUGGGGUUUCUAUUUUUUCUUUUCUUUUCAUUUCAAUUCUUUCAUUGUGUUUUCACUUAUGUUUAAAGAAUGACCAUUUCUUGAUUCUUUUGAAGGAAAAAGAAAGUAUAUUGCUUUAUGCUAUUCAUAUAUAUCUAGAAAAAUAUAAUCUUGAUCCAUUCUUUACUCAUCUAUCCUUUUUUAUUUUUCCACUAGUGGGGUCAAUUUUUUUUUUCGUUUUUCACAAAAAAGAUUGGUUCUUUAUUUCAUAUUUCUUUGAAUCUUCUAGUGGGGUUUCAUUUUUUUCAAUUCUUAUAUUGUGUUUUCACUUUAUUUUGCUAUUUUGGUUUGUGGGGUUUUGAAGAAUGAGCAUUUCUUGAAAUUAUUUUGAAGGGAAAGAUGGGUGAUUUGUGUUUUUUGAAGGGAAAUAAUAUCAUGGUGAUUGGUUAUAAUUGACAAAUUGUUCUGUUAAAUGGGUUAAUUCUUCUGGAUAUAGGGAACCGGUAAAGUUGAUGCCAUGUGACCAGGAGGUCACGGGUUCAAGCCGUGAAAACAUCCUCUUGCCAGAAAUAAAACGUGUAGUUACUUUUCCGGUUAGAUGGCUGAAAGUUAUAUGUCUCCAUUUGAUGUUGCUUCUUUGAAAGAAACACUAUGUGCUCAGCAACAGCUUCUACAGAAGCUUUACAGUGAGUUGGAUGAGGAAAGAGAAGCCUCUUCUAGUGCUGCUAGUGAAGCGUUAUCGAUGAUCUUGCGUCUCCAAGGAGAAAAAGCUGCAGUAAAAAUGGAAGCCGAACAGUACAAGCGAUUAGCUGAGGAGAAAAUGUGUCACGCUGAGGAGUCAUUAGCCAUUUUCGAGGAUCUUUUCUAUCAAAAGGAGAUGGAGAUAGCUGCCUUAGAGUAUCAGGUGCAAGCCUAUAGGUAUAAGCUGUUGAGCACGGGUUCUGUGGACCCCGGGAUCAGUGAAUUUAAAUAUCCUGAGAAUUUGUUGCAAAGAAACGAGACUUUAGCAGGAGAAAUGAGUCUCCAAGCCCUUGGAAGGCGUAACUCUGCCCCUCCUUUUCCUCUGAAAUUUCUGAAAAAGGGUGCUAUGGAAAUGGAUGAUUCAAGUUCGGAAAGAGAUUCGAAUUCCAAAACAGUGGAGGAAUACACAGGGCAAGAUAUGAACGAGCAGCAGUCGGAUACAGAGAAGAAGACUGAUAUUUCCACGACUGGAAGUAUCAAUUCGUAUUGGCAACAGAUUCGUCAGUUGGAUGAUCGAGUGAAAGAGAUUACAGGAGUUAGCUACGCGAACUUGAGGAGUGAAACGAGGUCUCCUUCGCCUCUUUCUCAAAGAAGCAUUAAGAUAAGCAGAUCAGAAAAUGAAAUGUACCAGCCUAAGCUUCACGUCAGCAAACCAGAAAAUGACACACCUGCUGAUUCGGGUUGUUCUCCAAACGUUCUUGAUGUCUUCGAAGUGCCUCGAGCGGAUAAGGAUACAAUCGACAUUGGAUUGCCUCCUAAACAUGAUCGCAAGAUCAUUUUGCAUAGUGAUGAAAGGCUCGACAGACCAGAUUCUGCUCAACAAGAGGCUGCAAAACAGUUGGUUAAAGAUGAAGCUGAUUUGCUAAAGAAAUACUUCGUAUCUGCACAGCGCGAGAACAAGUUACGAAGAGCAAGUGAAGCUGCUGCGCUUACCUGCCAUUUGGCAAUAUCUCGCCCUACAGCCAGCGUUUCCGAGUCUAGUGAGUUUCAUCAGCUCAAUCGUACAUCUGAGAUAGUUGAAGUUGGAAGAGAAGCGACAACACAAGAUAUGGCUCGAGAAGAAGAGCUGAAGUUGUUACAUGACAUUAAAGAGCAACUAAAUUUGAUGCAAUCUGAAAUCCAAAGCUUGAAAACUGACAAGCUCCCUCCAAGUGAUGAUGAACCAUCCUUACUUCUUCUAUCAGAGGCGAUGAUUCACUUUUGGCUCUGAUCGAUCUAUAAAAAGCUUGAGUGCCAGCCGUCACCAGGAAUAGCCUCGGCUCUUACAUAAUCAAGAUGCUACCAUUUGUUGAAGUUAGUGGUUUUCUGUGACUUCUGAAUAGUGUAAGAGUAGUUUUGGCUUUAUUGUGUGGUGCGGAGAGAUUGAUUCGUUUGUAAAUUGACCAUGUAGAGUGUAUAGUAUUGUAUAGCCUGCAUCUCAUCAACUUAGUUGCAUCAAGAGAGAGAGUGUUUUUACAUUUGUUAUCCUGUUUUGGUUUAACAUUUUGAAAUCAGGUUUUUUGUUUUGUAUAUUUGAAAUACUAAUUUGAGUGUUGGAAUGAAAAGGAGCGGAAUGGUAUUUGUGUAUUCA